UCUGUCGUCCUGUGCGGACUCAAAACGACGCGCCGCGCGGUUCUGGGACGCGACCGAGUGAAACCGAAAUCUUUUAAUUCCUACCGAAGAGCAAUACGGGAAACCACGGAUCAAGGACUCCUAAGUAGCUAACUAAGCAAAACGUUCAAGUGCGCGCCGUGGCUUUAAAAAGCUUGUUCCAGACGGGGCUCUCGUGUUUUUGGGUUCUAAAAUUUACCAUAAAUAGGUGACAGACCGAGUCGGUGGAUUGCGAAAGGAAAAAAAAUCCAUUUUCGCUGCUUGGUGAUAAUGCUGUACUGAGAGGCAGUCAAGUGCACAGGAAACGAAUGAUUUUCCGACCAUAGCUAGGAGGAGUGUGAGGAUUUUUAGAACACAGUUUGGGUCUGGCCAGGCUGGUUUGGAUUACAAUUUAACCAACGGAUCCCGCAUACGAUGGGUAAAAAGAUGCUAAUAUGUGGACAAAACAAAAGUGAAAACACCUUGAAAGAUCUGUUGUGCGAUUCAAAAGACAAAGUACCUCCGGAUGAAAAAUCAGGUGUCUACCAAAUCCCCUGCAAAAACUGCUCCGCGGUUUACAUUGGCCAAACACGACGAAAAUUAAAAGUGCGACUGCGAGAGCAUAAGAAUGCAGUUGUCAACGAUCGGGCUAAUGAAUCGAGCGUGGCAGCACACACAAUAUCCCAAAACCAUGCCAUCGACUGGGAAAAUGCAAAAUUAUUAAAAAAUGUACGAAAAACAUCGAACCUAAACGCAUGGGAAUCAAUGUACAUCACCACCGCCGACAAUCCAUUAAUGAAUGAGGAUGAUCCCCCAAUACUCUCUUAGCUCUUCCACCUGACGAAGCUGUAACAGUGGUGAAAUUGUGAUAUCUAGAAAACAACAACUACUAUGCGCAGCUAGUCGGACAUCGUCCAGCUGAUGGGCAAGAUCGCUGCCCGAAACCGGUCGACUAAAAAGACACCCGCACCAUCCGCUGCACUCGAUGGUGACACCGUGAAUGGCCAACCGGGAUCAGUUGUGAAGCAUCUACAGCCCCAAUCCAUCACCAGCCUCGUUACAUCGAGGGGGCCACAUCACAAUCGCUAGCGUACGCAAAAAUAGAACAACAUGUUGAGACAAACCGCAGCAAUUCUGUUCGUGCUGUGCGAAAUUAUCGCAAAUAUCAGUGCCAAUUUUGAGUUGACAAGUGCAUUACCGGUUGCACGUUCGAACCAGCUUCCGGUGCCGCUCGAAGAGUUUGACCAUCUUCGACGGACGUCGAAAAUGACAACCUCACUGCAGUCGGUCGGUUCCAUUGGUGCCAACGUAAAUGACCAACUAUUCCCGGAGGACGGUGCCAGUCCACGACCAUUUCCGAGUAGCAGCGAAUCCGAAGCUGCUACCACAGUCAACACUAGUGCCCUGUUGAGCAAAUACCUGACACUGUCCGGUUACUUCGGUCCACCACUAGAGGACACCCUGCGGGAACGAAUCGAUCCGUUCUGGCUGCAGUUUGAGCCUCCUACCCCUACCGCCCACUACACCAUCGGGGCCAUCUUCGUUCUAAUGGCCCUGGUGGGCUUAGGCGGAAACCUGCUGGUUAUCAUCAUGUUUUGCAAAUUCAAAUCAUUGCGAACCCCAGCCAAUUAUCUCAUCAUCAACCUCGCCGUUGCGGAUUUUAUAAUCAUGCUCGAGUGUCCAAUCUUCGUGUACAACAGCUACUAUCUGGGUCCGGCAAGCGGUAAUCUGAUGUGCACGGUAUACGCUAUGCUGGGAGGCAUCGGUGGCAACUGUGCCAUCCUGACGCUGACGAUGAUCUCCAUCGAUCGGUACAACGUUGUCGUCUACCCCCUGAAUCCAAACCGAGGGACCACCCGACUAAAGGUGAUGCUAAUGAUGGCGUUCUGCUGGAUUUUUUCGAUGACUUUCUCAAUCAUUCCAACGCUGGGAAUUGGCCUCAGCCGGUAUACCCCGGAGGGGUACCUUACGGCUUGCAGUUUCGACUAUCUGGAUAGGGACUUCCACGCGCGGAUUUACAUGUUUCUGUACUUUUUCUUCGCUUGGUGCUGUCCUUUUAUGACCAUCUCUUACUGCUAUGUGUGGAUUCUCCGAGUGGUCAUCGGAGCUGGCAGCAUACAGUCGAGUAAAAACAAGAAUAAAACUGAAGUCAAGUUGGCUGCCGUCGUUUUCGGAAUCAUCGGUUUGUGGUUCAUCGCUUGGACCCCGUACGCAGUGGUUGCCAUGAUGGGUGUCUUCGGCUAUGAAAGUUUGCUGACACCGCUGGGUUCGAUGGUGCCAGGAAUGUUCGCUAAAGUCGCAUGUUGCAUUGACCCGUAUUUCUACGCCAUGAAUCAUCCCCGCUACCGGCAGGAACUUCGUCGAAUGUUCGUGAAACAACAGGAUAUGGCUAACUCACAGUACCAAACGUCCCGAUACACGCGCGGCAACUCGGAGGCUGGUGAGAGCGAGCAGGUCACAAUUGGACCUGAAGCAGGUAAGGUCGAUGAACGGCAGACGACGGUCGAACCUGCCGGUGGUAUUGCAACCCGCAGGGGUGGUCUUCAACGGGCUCAAUCUUCCAUUUCAGCAGCGGACGAAACCUCGCUGUCGGUUUCGAUCGAUCUGACCGAAAGCCGAGCCAACAACGGUCACUAGGGUUGGCGAACUGCCCGGUAGCCACGGCUGAACAACCACGGGACGCCCGGGAACGUUGAAACCUUCGAGUUGUGAGAGACGGGAGAAUCAGUGCCUUCUUGUGAUAAAACUAAUACCACGUCGAAUAUUUUGCAACAUAGUGAGAGAGAGAGAGAAACAGAUAAAAAGACAAACUAUCUAUUUGAAAGAUGUCGAAAAACAACUGCUUAGGUUAGGGCGGAACGAUGAGGUUUUUUUCUAGUUUUUACUUAAACUCCUCGAGUUGGUUUUACUUCCAAGGACGUCCUAGUGUUUAUUUAUUCCAUUUUCUCGAAGCUAUAGGUUUCACCAAAGAUACUUAUAACUAAUUUAUUCGAAAUAUGUUGAAAAAUUGUUUCAAUCCAUUCUCUAUUGUAAUGAAUCGAGCGACUCGAGCAAGCAAGUAUGCCGUAAUUUAUUCAUUACCAUCAACGGAGAGUUGCUUCCCCUUAGCUUGAUUCGCAUUCCAAAGUCACUCGGCAUGAACUUAUGCAUCGAGAAUGCACAACUUUUGCCUCCCUCCUUCAAGACAGAACUAGAAAAAACAUAACCUGCAGACCAGAUGUUUACUACAAAACUUUCUCUUCUACCCUUUCCGGCUUUGUAUCGGAAAAAGUGGAAGUCUGUCAGUUGGUAGGCAGAAUACUAGAGGCCAAAGCAAGCUGACCGAUUGAUCAUUAUUUAAACAACCCGGAGGCAGGAAGGAACUUCAAACAAAAGGAUUUUUUGCUGACAGCAAAAACACUUUGAAGAUUAAAUUAUUCGAAACACAAUUACGACCAAAUUGUAUUAGCAAUUCAAACGGCUGGUUGCAAUCCCCGAAAUUAAAAAGCAAAUAUCUGCUCUUUGCUCUAGCUCGUUUGGAGUUUUUCUAUGAAAAAAAAGCUCAACCCAACAGUAUGAGCCAUUCAAGCCGAUUGACUUUUUCGCAAAUUUUCAUUUUUAUUUAAUUCUAAAUUAACUGACACAACAUGCGCCUUCUCACCAAAACACGAAAAGUUAGUAUUUUAUUCUGUUGAAUAUUUAAAUAGUUCACAUUGUUAAGAACUGUUAUAGAAAUUCGGUUUCAAGAAAAUUGUUUUGACCAGAAGAAAAUUCUUCAAAUCACCAAAAAGCAAAGUCUAGUCUGAGCGAAUCGCUCUCAUCGAAACGAAAAACAUUUUCACAUCGACUAAGCGUACGAGUAGCUGUUGAAUGAAAUAGUUGAAUUUGUAGCGUAGAUCUAUCGCCAACAUUUGUACCACUACUGAAUGCAGCGAUGCAGAUAUUACCUUGUUCUGUUUAAAACCGUAACAAAAUGGUAAAGCGUAACGAAAUUCAAAAUAAGAUGAUACGAAAUAAAAACAAACAAUUACCCUCAAAAAUCACUGUCAGGCGAAAUAGUCAGCCACCACACCACACAAAUAUUCACCACCACGCCGACCGUAUUCUCAAAAAGAACUUUAACUAGCGAGGACACAAACCCACCUGGUAUGAACUUUUGAAUUCGUGCUUCCUUCGUGUUGCGCCAAACAAACUGAUUCAAUUUUCCGGUGGCACAGAUUUCACGCAAACAAACUCUGUGUGACUCUAAAUGUAACACUCUAGUUGUUCGCUAGGAGUAAGUGUUUCAUAAACGGUUUCUUCUCUCGCUAGAAACUGAUUCCUUCCCCGGAUACUGAACACUUCGAUGCAGUUUCUAGCGACAGAAGUUACUUUUUUACUAGAUUAGAAGAAGAAUACAAUAAAUUAGUUUGGUUUCGUUGUUUAUUCGAGAACAUUCACAUUCCAUUUUCCAGUAAUAAUACUAGCCCACAACCUGAGCCAAAUAAAUCACAACCAACGAGCUUAUGAAACAAAAAUCGUCAUAAAACAAACCAAUGAGAAUGAGACAUUAAUCAACGACAGCAAAGUGAGAUUAUGUAACGGUACAAAAGAAAACUAGUAAGAAAGCGAGCUGGAUUUCUCGAGUGAAUUUGUAUACGAACGUUGAAGAUUUUUUUACCACAAACAACAAAAACUAACUUCCAAACCCGUCAUACUUUCUUCGGCCAACGACAACAAGAAAAACAAUUAGAAACUGUAUGAAAUAGGGAAAAUAAAACGCAAACUGGCUGAUACGAAACUCUGUCACCCGAUUAGUGUUAAGUAUAUGUUGGACGUAUCAAAAACUUCACCUUAAAGAGCAAAUACAUAUAUAUUUACGAA